ACGACCAACCGGAAAGGAAUAAGAACUUUAGACGACGACGAAGAACAUGUGAAGAGGCACGGGAUCAGGAAAACAUUGCAUAGCAAACAGAACAACGACCAUAGGAGAAGAUGACUCUGGAAGGGAACAAGCGUCCUCAUUUCAUCCACGACGACCCAUUCGUAAAAAACACAUGCGUGUACUCCAUCAGCUCUUGCAUGAUCCUGAUACUGGUGUUCUUCAUCGUGCUGCCUGGAGCUCUGAUGCCGUAUCUGAACCGGAUCCGCUUCAUCCGACAGGUGCCUAAGCUGGAGGACAAUUCCACCGAAGAACCACUGUCCGCCGGUCGCCCACUCAUUAUGUGUCAGGUGAAUCCAUUAAGCUUUACUCGAAAGGACCCAUGGCGUUACUCGGCUCAAGAAAUUCCUGUGCAGCUGUGCAGUCAUCUUGUUCUCCCUGUGGUUGGUCUGGGGGACUUUUUCAGCGACCUUCAGAACUACGACAGCCUAAGCCUUCCUCCAAAGCCGUUUCACCUCGAUGAUUUCCUGCGCCUGCGCAAGACAACACCCAGACUGAGGCUCAUCAUGUCCGUAGGCACCUUUCACAAUGCGUCAGCAUUCUUCUACUCUGUAGCAUUGUCACGUGAUCGGAUCGGCGUUUUUGCGAGAAACCUUCUUCGCUGGCUGCUUCUGAACAACCUCGACGGCAUUGUGCUCAACGGCAUGUUUCCAGCACCGUUCAAGAUGAGGAAUGGUAUGAUCCGGCUGCUCAAACGCAUCAGUACGCUAUUCAGGCAUCGAGAGCUUGUGCUUGUCCUUCCACCUGAGACGGAACUAAUCAAGCGACCACUUGCGGGUCAAAAAUUGGGUCACUUCUUCGACUACGCCGUCAUUCCUCCCAUGGCCCAGUUCGAUCACGUCUUUCAAAGUGGCCUGCCUAAAACCAGAAUCAUUGCAGCUAUCGCUUUUGCAGGGGCACACUAUAGUGGCGACGACAAGAAAGGGCUGGCCGGAUCUGUCCCUUACUACGAACUCUGUCAAAGGAAGGGCAACGCGUCGGAGCAGAACAAGACAACGACCGUAGCCCCGGCGAAUCCUUCUUUUACCGACCCUGACACCUUGGAGACCCACAUCGCCCAGCUCGUGCUGCAGGAUGUAGCUGGAUUUUUUGUGUGGGACGUGAGUGUGGAUGACGUCAUCGGCAUCUGUGGUCGCAAGCACGUGCUUCUGGAAACUGUCUACAACACUUCCGUAACGGCCAAUUCUCAACGCUCUCGUUCGGCAGUCCGCGCGGGAAGGUCCUCCGAGGAGAAUGCAUGACACACACGUUUCUCGCAAGUAAAAGGAGGGACAUGUCACAUGCAUCGCGAUGAAUAAACGUCAGGCACGAAUUGGCGUGUCAAUUAACGUCAGUUGUCAGAACCAAAAUUCAAAGAGUGUAUAGAGGCCAUCUAAGGCCAUUGCCACCCGGUACUUCUUCAAUAAAGUUCAGGGAGUACAACGA